AUUUGGUGCCACAUUUUAUAAGAAGUUAGGACUAUAAAAGUGAAUUAUCUCUCCUAUGAAUUGCCCAUUCUUUGGAUUAAAAACACAAGACGCGCGAGGAAAUAUGAAAGUCUUCAUUUUAUUAAGCAUCAUAGCCGUGGCUAUUGCCGACCUAACUUGCCCAAGAAACCAACAUUAUGAAACUUGCGGAAGUGCAUGUCCCGUAACUUGUAAGAAUUAUAAAAAUCCUCCUAAAGUAUGUGUUCUUAUGUGUGUUUCCGGGUGUUUCUGUGAUAAAGGAUACGUCAAAACAGAUGAUGACCAAUGCGUGAAACCCAAUGAAUGCCCAGAUAUGCAAAAGGCUUGCCUUCAGGAGCCUGAUGGAGGUCCUUGUAGAGCAAAUUUCGUUCAGUGGUAUUACAAUCCGAAGACAGGAACAUGCUCUGAAUUCGUUUACGGCGGAUGCUUAGGAAAUGGAAACAGGUUUGACAGUGAAGAAGAAUGUUUGGAAAACUGCAAAGAUGUAAUAGUGUGGAAAUCGCAGCCGGCUCAAUGUGAAUUGCCAGCAGAGCCCGGAGUUUGCCGUGGAUUUUUUCGCAGGUAUUACUUUGAUCAGACAACAGGCCAUUGCCAAGAAUUUAUCUACGGAGGCUGUGGCGGAAACAAAAAUAACUUCGAGACACAGGAGCAGUGCGAGCAAACUUGUGGCAAACGUGCAGGUUUGCAAGUAUGCGAUGAAAAUCAGGAAUAUCAGGAGUGUGGAACUGCUUGUCCUCUAACCUGCAAUAAUUACAAAAAUCCACCCAAAAUGUGUCCUCUCAUGUGCGUUUCAGGAUGUCAUUGCGUUAAAGGAUUCGUGAAAACAAAUGACGGACGUUGUGUAAAACCUGAAAACUGCCCAAAUCAAGCGUGUUCCGAAAACCAGCAUUACGAAUCCUGCGGAACGGCCUGCCCGUUGACUUGCAAGAACUAUGAAAAUCCUCCCAAAAUAUGUGUUCUUAUGUGCGUUUCUGGAUGUUUCUGUGACGAGGGAUACGUCAAGACCGAAGACGGUCGCUGUGUGAAACCUGAAGAAUGUCCAGCGCAGGCAAACCAUGUUGAGAAGACUUGUACGGACAAGCCCGACACAGGCAUGUGCAGAGGAUAUUUCCCAAUGUUCUAUUACGACGCCCAGACAGGAACUUGCAAAAAAUUUAUAUAUGGUGGUUGUCAAGGAAACGGAAACCGAUACGCUACUAUACAAGAAUGCAUGGAAUACUGCGGAGGAGUUUGCGCUGAAAACCAGGAAUACAAGCAAUGCGGAAAAGCUUGCCCCUUGACAUGUGACAACUAUGACAAUCCACCGAAAAUAUGCCCUGCCAUGUGUGUUUCAGGAUGCCACUGUGUCAAAGGUUUCGUAAAAGCAACAGAUGGACGUUGCGUUAAGCCCGAAGAGUGCCCAAGCAAAAGCAGAAAUGUUGAAAAGACCUGCCUGGACAAGCCAGAUACAGGAAUGUGCAGAGGCUACUUCCCAAUGUUCUACUACGACGUCCAAACAGGAACUUGCAAAGAAUUUAUCUACGGUGGUUGUCAAGGAAACGGAAACAGAUACGCUACUGAAGAAGAAUGUCUGGAACAUUGCAGAGAUGUGAAGGAAAAGCAGUCUAGCUCCGACAUCUGCGAAUUAAACCCCGAAACUGGCCUAUGCCGUGGAUAUUUCCCUAGGUAUUACUUCGACAAGCUUACGGGGCAAUGUAAACGCUUCAUCUACGGAGGCUGCGGUGGAAACAAGAACAACUUCGUGACAGAAGCGGAAUGUGAAAACGUUUGUGGUAGCAGUAGCUUAGCAGCAGCGACUAAGGAAAUAGACUGCAGUGCGCCAGCAGAGCCGGGUGUUUGUGAUGCUUAUAUGCCAAGAUAUUAUUUUGUUCAAAACGAAAGCACCUGCAAAAAAUUCAUCUAUGGAGGAUGCGGUGGUAAUUCAAAUAAUUUCCGCACUGAAGACGAAUGCAGGAAAAAUUGCAAAGAUGCCUCUGCUUGUGACCAAGAGAAAGUCGUAGGGCCAUGCAUGGCAUACUUUCGCAGAUAUUUCUUUAACAAGGAGACCCAAAAAUGUGAACUUUUCAUCUACGGAGGAUGCCGAGGCAAUGGCAACAACUUUUCGACAAAAGAAGAAUGUGAAUCUACGUGUCUUGCAUGAUUUCUGCUGAAGAAACUUUGAAUAAUGUACAUGAAUUAUGCUCAAUAAAAGAUAAUGUAGUUAAGAAA